CAACAGUUUACCAGUUUUGAUCAACUGGUGAAAGAAACUGCCAGGUGCCUUCACGGGGCGGCUGGUGACAACCUCACAACAGAGCAUUACAAAAAGGCUGAGCUUAGUCUUCUGAUAUCUGCACAAAGAGACAGUUUUCCUGAUGAGAUUCAGUGUCUGACAUCUGGAAAACCAGUCAGCUCCACCAGCCGUUUGGUUACAUUGUCUCCAGAGUUUGAUGAGUCACUUCAACUCAUCAGAGUAGGUGGCCGACUCAGACGUUGCCCUGAUUUGGAAGAAAAUGUGAUUCAUCCAGUUGUCAUGGACCCAAAACAUCCUGUAACCAGACUACUCAUUCGACAGGCUGACAGUGAUUUAAAACAUCCAGGAGCAGAGAGAUUAUUUGCAGAGGUGAGAAGAAAAUAUUGGAUUCUCCGGGGCCGUGAAGCAGUAAGGCGUGAACAGCGCUCCUGCCCCGAGUGCCAAAGAUGGAGAGCACAACCAAUUACCCCGAAAAUGGCUGACCUUCCUCUGUCACGGCUCAGACUCAACCAGCCACCAUUUUUCUCUACCGGUGUAGACUGUUUUGGGCCAAUGCAGGUGAAGAUUGGUAGACGGAACGAGAAACGGUGGGGCCUGCUAUUCAAAUGUUUGACAACUCGAGCUGUUCAUAUCGAGGUACUUUCAAGCAUUAACACAGAUUCCUUCCUGAUGGCUUUAAGAAGAUUUGUCUCUCGUCGUGGGAAACCAGCUGAGAUCUUGUGCGACCAGGGCACUAAUUUCCGUGGCGGAGAACGGGAGCUACGAGAAACAUUCAAUGGUUUACAUCCCACAUUAGAAGCUCAGCUGGCAGAACAUCAGAUAAAGUUUCGUUUCAACACCCCGAAUGCUCCUCACUUUGGAGGAUCCUGGGAGCGCGAGAUCAGGUCCAUAAAAGUGGCUUUAACCUCUUCGCUGGGUUCUCAAGUAGUAAGUGAGGAAAUCCUACAGACUGUGUUGAUUGAGAUUGAGGGAAUACUCAACUCAAAACCUUUGGGUUACGUUUCAUCAGAUCUGGCUGACCCAGACCCCAUUACCCCAAACCUGUUGCUGAUGGGGCGGCUGGACCCUUCUCUGCCACAAGUGAUCUACCAUGACUCAGAGCUUCUUGGACGGCGACACUGGAAGACCUGUCAAGUGCUGUCUGAUCGAUUUUGGACUCAGUUCAUACGUCACUAUCUCCCAACACUGCAGACCCGUUCAAAGUGGCAGAAAGACACUUCUCCCCUUCAAUCAGGAACUGUAGUGAUGGUAGUUGAUCCCCAGCUGCCAAGGGCCUCAUGGCCUAUUGGAAGAAUCUGCAAGACAUUCCCAGGAGCUGACGGUUUGAUCCGUACAGCAGAAGUUAAAGUAAAGGACCGUACAUACAUGCGACCAGUGAGACGCCUCAUCCGACUACCUGCUGACGCGCAAACAAAUGAACAGUAAACCCUGCAGCAAACUUGCUGUGCAAGUUUGGGGGCGGCUGUUAUGAAGAGUGGCUUAAAGGCGUUGUUCUGAAGUUCGCCACUAGAGGGCGCGGCCGUUUUUUGAGUUAAUAAAUCAUAAUUUGUAAGCAGAGGUGAACAGAGGAGCAAAUGGCGAUGUUUCCAGAGCAAUUCAGUUUAAUUAGCUCGUGUGUGCGUCCAUGAGAGCGAACCACACACACAUAAACCCAAACCAGAAAUAUACAUGUGCUGGACUGUAAAGCCAAACGCAGAUUAAAAAAGGAACAGAAAAAGUC